GAGCAGCGGGGUUCGCCCCCUUCUUGCUUGCGGGCGGGCGGGCGGAUCUGCGGCUCCCGUGGGCAUUGCAGGGGCUCGCAGCCUUCCACAGCCAGGCAGAGGUGGCAGAGAAGCGUCUGAUCUAGAAGGACUUCCUCCUGGAGACAGAGAGCAUCUGAGAAGCUUAUGAACCUACUGCAUUGCAGGCCUGCCAGCAGCUGAAGCCCAUUCCAUCAGAGUUAUUGCCGUUCUGUGGGCAUAAGCAGCUAGCGUUCUCUGUGGAGCUGUGCCAGCAGCUUAUCUGGUUGUUGCUUAACAAGUUUCCUUCAAAACUUUUCUUCAUAGUACAGCAAUAAUUUCAAGGCUGUGAUUAACAAAUAGCUCCACCCGGUUGUUGUAGGAACUGUGAAUAAAAUUCCUACUUGUUGGUGCUUGUAAAGCAAGAAUUGGGGUAAUCAGUUUAACAGGUGCCAAGCGCAAUCCCCGAUCUGCACCUACAGGCGCUACUGUGAUAUAAAUUAAUCAUUCUACUACUUCCUUGUGGUGUUUCUGACGUCAGUCAUUGGAGGAGAAGGGAGCAAUUCAUAGGGGGAUUAAAUGACAAAAUGAGGAAGGUGACUGUUCUGCUGACUUUGCUGAGCCUGAGUCUGACCUUCAAGCUAGGUUGUGCUCAUAAACAAUGGAGUGUCUUUCGCAACAUGUUUAAAAGAAUCCUGUGUUCCACACCAUCAAGAGGAGACCCAGGGCAGCCACUCUUCCUUACCCCUUAUAUUGAAAGUGGGAGAAUUGAGGAAGGAAGGCAGUUAAGUUUGGUUGGGCCUCUCCAAGGAGUAAAUGUGAAGAGUUACUCUGGCUAUCUCACAGUGAACAAGACUCACAACAGCAAUCUCUUCUUCUGGUUCUUCCCUGCUGAGGUGCAGCCAGAGGAUGCCCCGGUCCUUCUUUGGCUCCAAGGUGGACCAGGAGGAACAUCAAUGUUUGGGCUUUUUGUUGAACAUGGCCCAUAUGUUGUUGACAAGAAUCUCACAUUGUAUAAACGGAAGUUUCCUUGGACAUCUAAAUUUUCCAUGCUUUACAUUGACAAUCCAGUUGGGACUGGCUUUAGUUUUACUGAUGAUACUGGAUAUGCAGUAAACCAAGAUGAUGUAGGAAGAGAUUUAUACAGUGCACUCAUCCAGUUUUUCCAGCUAUUUCCAGACUAUCAGAAAAAUGACUUCUAUGUUACAGGAGAAUCUUAUGCAGGGAAGUAUGUGCCUGCUAUUGGCUACUACAUCCAUACCCAUAGUUCCAAAGCCAAAGUUAAGAUCAACUUCAAAGGAGUUGCUAUUGGUGAUGGUUUCUGUGACCCUGAAAUGAUGCUGGGUGGCUAUGCACAAUUCCUGUACCAAAUUGGCUUGGUGGAUGAGAAGCAGAGGGAAUAUGUCCAGCAGCAGACUGACCUGGGAGUAAUUUAUAUCCAGCAGAAGAAGUGGAUGAAAGCCUUUGAAAUAUUUGAUACUCUAUUGAAUGGUGAUGAAUCAUAUUCUUCCUACACUCAGAAUGUUACAGGAUGUAGCAACUACUUUAACUUUUUGCAAUGCCAGGCGCCUGCUGACCAGGAAUAUUUUGGAGCGUUUUUAUCACUCUCAGAAGUGAGGAAAGCUAUCCAUGUAGGAAAUCUUACCUUCCAUGAUGGGUCUACAGUUGAGAAGCAUUUGCUUGAAGAUGUGAUGAAGACCAUAAAGCCAUGGUUGGCUGUAAUUAUGGAUAAUUACAGGGUUCUGUUAUAUAAUGGGCAGCUUGAUAUCAUAGUAGCAGCUCCACUGACGGAACGCUUUCUGCCUACUGUGCCAUGGAGCAAAGUGGAAGAAUACAAAAGUGCUGAAAGACUCAUAUGGAGGAUCCAUCCCCUUGACAAGGAAGUGGCUGGUUAUGUACGCCAAGCUGGUGAAUUCUAUCAGGUAAUUGUUCGAGGUGGAGGACAUAUUUUACCUUAUGACCAACCUGAAAGAUCAUUGGACAUGAUUGACAGAUUUAUCUCUGGAGAAGGAUGGAAGACAAGUGGAUUCAAAAAUAAAACUUAAAAUGCAGUGUAAAUGUACUACCUUUCCAAAUGCUUCAGAAAUGUUUUGAAUGUACUAUAGUGAAAAUAUUGCCAUAUGGAAAAACCAUGAAAUUGAGGAUGAGAGUAAUAAAAUGGAUAUAAAUGUU